AUGGCGAACUUAGAAAACCACGCCGACUUGUUGCAAUACGUUGCUCGAUCGCUUGAAGAUGAGGAAGAGUUUCACUUUCUACAAUUUGAGUCGCUCCAGCGGACCAACAUCGUUGCGCAGCAGAUAGAGCUAUUCGAACUCAAACAGCAGUUCCAAAACGCAAAGAGUGUCUCAGCCAAUGACCUCAAAGACCUCAAAGAUACCCUCAAAGAUUAUGAGCGCCUGAUUGCCCUCGAAGAGCACGUUGUCUCGCCGUCGCUCGAAGCAGAGGUGAUCGCCGGAGGUGUAGUGCAGCGCAGCCCUCUGGGUACGCUCGAUAAGCUGAAGUAUGUCGGGACCGGGCGCAUCGCUGCUAUGAACGCCGGCCAUCUGUUUAUGCGAGUCCUCGCGUAUCAAUCUGCCUCAGGCUUGGAAGGUCCUGAGGGAUGCCGCGCAGCAAACGAUGCUGUUCGCUCUGCGGUCGUGUCCAGACCCACACGGUUCGCCGGAUUCGCGGUGCUGCCUAUGUCGCUUCCGGAAGAGGCUGCAGCGGAAUUGAACCGCAGCGGCACGACCCUUGGAUUCAAAGGCGCGAUGGUCUGGAACCAUCUCAAAGAUGGAACGUACUACGACGCCGCACGCUUCGACCCAGUCUUCGUCAUGGUGCAGAAACUCAACGUGCCACUGUACCUGCAUCCUGCUACCCCGACCGCAGAUAUCGCAUCCAAGUUGUUCGCGGGCAACUACCCAGUCGCCGUGGUGGGAAAGCUUGGGGUGACCUCGUGA